AUGUUGAUCGGUAUAUCAGGGACCCUUAGCUCAGGAAAAACCGAGGUGGCGCGGUACUUGACUUUUCAAGGGUUCAAGGUGUUGCAUUACCAACCACAACCAGCGGAAAUACCAAACGAGUUAAAUGUGUGCACUCCGGAGUCAGAUGAUAUCAACUAUGAAAUGGAGCAACUUGCAAUCAAACAGUACUCAAAUAUGGAGAAUUACAAGGUGUUCAAGACGUUGGACAGUUUGUUGGAGUUUGUUACUGUAAAUUGGAGAGACAACUAUGUCAUUUCGCAUAUUGCCGAUAUCUCCAUGUUGAAGGCGUUGCAAAAACGGCCAUUUUUCCUCCACAUAUCGAUUGAUGCUCCAUUGAGUAUGCGGUACAAGAGGUAUGCCAAGAAGAAACAGACGUUGGAGGAAUUUGUCGAGCAUAAUGAUGAUACUUUGUUUAAUUCAAAGUCGCCAUUACUCGAGAUCAACAAUCAAGCACAAGUCAAGAUUAUCAACACGUCUACAUCAAUCAAGGACUUGUUUAUCAAGUUGUCUGAGUUGAAUCUACUCGAUCCUUCGAGAUUACGCCCAACGUGGGACUCAUACUUUAUGCGUCUUGCCGAUUUAGCUGCCCUUCGUUCAAACUGUAUGAAGCGUAGAGUAGGAUGUGUCAUUGUAAGAGACAAGCGCGUCGUUGCUACUGGGUAUAAUGGGACACCAAGGCAUUUGACCAAUUGUAACCAGGGCGGCUGUUCCAGGUGUAACAAAGGACAUGGAAGUGGUGCAUCGUUGUCAACUUGUCUUUGUUUGCAUGCCGAGGAGAAUGCCUUGUUGGAAGCUGGCAGAGACAGGAUUAGAGAUGAUAGUGUAUUGUAUUGCAACACAUGCCCCUGCUUGACUUGUUCAAUAAAGAUUGUGCAAAGUGGGAUCCGAGAAGUUGUUUACGCCCAGAGCUACUCGAUGGAUAAGGAUAGUCAUCGUGUCAUGAGCGAGGCGAAUAUUAUAAUACGACAAUACCAGCCACCAAUAGAUGGUAUAUUCAUAUAG